AUGCAGUCCGUCCAGCGACAAUUCGGCAAGUUCAUGAAACGGUCGGCCGACGACAGCCAGGUGGCCAUUCUGCUGAAGGAAUUCGACCAGGUGGACAAAUUGCUGGAUAAGAUUGUCGACUCGACCAAAGCAUGGCGCGAUGGCUGGUCCUCGCUCCUGACCCAUCAGGACCGAAUGCUCGUCGAGUUCGAGGCUCUCUAUGGCCCCAUCAUCGGUUCCGCUGAGCCUACCUCCCAUACCCCGGUCCCAACCCCAGAGGCCACGCUGGCGAGGACAACAAAGCUGAAAUCAGAAUAUGAGGAUUUGUCGAAGGAUAUUCUACGCGAUCUGGCCGCCAUUGACCAGCGGAUGAUCGGCCCCGCCUCACAAGCUAAAGAGUGUUUGGUUCCGUUCAAGAGAGCUAUAAAAAAGAGAGACGAUCGCAAGUUGGACUACGAACGCCACCAUGGCCGCGUCGAGAACUACUCAAGAAGAGCCAAGCGAUCAGAGCGCGAGAAUGCAUCCUUAGUCAAGGCAGAGGAGGAUUUAGCCCGAGCGACAGAGGAUUACCAAGCCGCAGACGAACAUCUGCGCCAACACCUCCCCCCAUUAAUAACCGCCGUAUUCUCCCUGCUACCCCGCUUAUUGUCGGCGCAGAUCGAGAUCCAAAACAACAUACUCGCAAAUUACUAUACCGUAAUAUACGGCUACUGCGAGCAGCAGCAGUACCCUUCCAACCCGCCCCAACCACUGGACCAGACCGUCGCGCAAUGGGAACAAGCCUGCCACCCUGUACAACAGCAGGUCGAAACCUUCGCCUGUCUCGCCAAUGGAAAGGCCGCCCGCUCGAAUUCCCAACCCUCAAAUGACCGCCGUCCCAGCAAUCCGCUCAACGCUCUCAACCGCUUUCGCAGCACCCACAGUAUUCCUACCCAGCAGGCUCAAUCGGAUCAUGACGGCAUUCCCAAGCCGUCCCUGGGCGCUCGAUCGAAAUCGACACCCUACGCGCCGUCCACUCAUAGCGCGCCCUCGCUGUGCAAAGAUACAUCCCCGCCUCCAUAUCUGAGCGACGCGCACGCCUCAUCAUACUCGAGUGCUCCCUCACCACCAAUCCCCCUAGCAAGCAAACCCUCACUGUCAGCACUAGCCGGCAAGAAGAAGCCCCCGCCUCCACCACCCAAGCCGCGGAGCGCCUCCUCAGGCAUGUCUUUCGUGACCGCCCUCUACGAUUUCGGCGGCCAGGGAGCAGGGGACCUGGUCUUCAGGGAGGGUGACCGGAUCCGUGUGCUGAAGAGGACGGAUAGUACGGAUGAUUGGUGGGAGGGCGAGCUUCAUGGUGUCAAGGGGAGUUUUCCAGCGAACUAUGUGGAGUGA